CCCCCCCCGCUGAAUGUUGGCUUCAUCCACAGAAAACAGAAAAAUUGUAAACCACUGAAAAAGAAGUCUAUUCUGAAUGCGUGUAGCGAUUUUUCCGCUAUGGUUCGUUUUUCAAACUUGGACACGAUAUCUCCCUCGCCGGAUAAAACUCCUAGCCGACGAUUCUCCAGUGGAUCUCGCGGCUAAUCGACGCACGACCCCUCCGUUGACCUCGCUUUGGAUUAUUGAAUCAAAUUGAACGAAUCUCGCCGCUCCGCAGACGCGAAAAACAAAGGAAGGAAAGAAAGAAAAAAAAGAGGAGAAGGAGAUAACGAAACGUCCGUCCUGGUCACCCACUCGGAUAAGCGGGUCAUUGGGCUCUGUGGACUCGAUCGAUUAAACUGCGAUCCAUUGCAGUAUCGACAGACAUCAGGUACGGGUAUGUGGUGGACCAGCAGCCGAUCGGGCGACUGUUGUUCAGGCAGUACUGCCAGGACAAGAAGCCAUCCUACCAUCGGUACAACCUCUUUCUGGACUCGAUCGAGAAGUACGAGAUCGAGAUGGACGAGAAUCGCACCGAGCUGGCCAAGGACCUGUUCGAGCAGUACCUGAAGAGAGAGGGCUCGGAGGUCGUCGACAUCUUGAACGACUCCUUGAUAGCUCAGUGCGAGGAACGACUCGGUACCGGUGGGAAGGAGCUCUUUGUCGAGAUCGCGCAGACCGUGAAGAACUUCCUGGCGGGAGAGCCUUUUUCAGCUUUCCAAACUAGCUUCUAUUUCUAUAGGUACCUUCAGUGGAAGUGGCUGGAGGCGCAGCCUGUGACGUGCAAGACCUUUCGCAUGUACAGGGUGCUCGGGAAGGGCGGUUUCGGCGAGGUCUGCGCUUGUCAAGUGCGCGCAACGGGGAAGAUGUACGCGUGCAAGAAGCUGGAAAAAAAACGUAUCAAGAAACGUAAAGGAGAGAUGAUGGUUCUGAUCGAGAAGAACAUACUGCAGAAGAUCAACUCCAAGUUCGUGGUGUCGCUGGCAUACGCCUACGAAACCAAGGACGCUCUGUGCCUGGUGCUGACGAUCAUGAACGGUGGCGACCUCAAGUUCCAUAUCUACAAUAUGGGCGGCGAACCAGGCUUCGAUAUAAACAGGGCGAGGUUUUACGCAGCGGAAGUUGUCUGCGGUUUGGAGCACCUGCAUCUGCAAGGGAUCGUCUACAGGGACUGCAAGCCGGAGAAUAUACUGCUGGACGAUCACGGACACGUGAGGAUAUCGGACCUCGGGUUGGCCGUUGAAAUUACUGAGGGAGACAUGGUGAGGGGAAGAGUGGGCACGGUAGGCUACAUGGCUCCAGAAGUGAUCGACAAUGAGAAGUACACAUUUUCGCCAGAUUGGUUCAGCUUCGGUUGUCUUUUGUACGAGAUGAUAGAAGGCCAGGCGCCGUUUCGCGCCAGGAAGGAGAAAGUGAAACGAGAAGAGGUGGAUAGGAGAGUGAAGGAGGAUAUGGAGAGGUAUUCGACCAAGUUCACCGAGGAAGCGAAGAGCCUCUGCCAACAGUUGUUGAAGAAGAGCCCGAAGAACAGGCUGGGAUGCAAGUGCGGCAGACACGGCGCGAAGGAAGUGAAACUGCACGGCUUUUUUCAGUGCUUGAACUGGAAGAGGGUCGAGGCCGGUAUGUGGGAACCGCCGUUUGUGCCGGAUCCACACGCCGUUUACGCUAAAGAUGUAUUGGACAUUGAGCAGUUCUCGACGGUGAAAGGGGUCAAUUUGGACGCCACGGACGACACCUUCUAUAGUAAAUUCAAUACCGGCAGCGUGUCCAUUCCUUGGCAGUACGAGAUGAUAGAGACUGAGUGUUUUAAGGAACUGAACGUACUAGGUCCUAACAACACACCGACGCCUGAUUUACUGGUAAAUCAUCCUCCGCCUAACAAUGAGAACAGAGGCUGUUUUCCGUUUCGAAGACAGAAGAAGCAAAGCGCCCGGACAAGACAGAUACCGUUAUCAGAGUGCCAUCUGCUGGAACUGUCCCAGAGUCAGAAUUCAGAGAUGCCAGCCAGCUGAUCCAAAAUGAACGCGAGCAGUCUGAAUCAAUCGACGUCGUCGUCCAUACGACGUCGACGCUGCGGGCGACGCCGACGAGCAUUAAGAUGCUGCCCAAAGCUGUUAUAAACAGAACGAGAAAUCGGCCCCGCGACAUUGGUGGCGAUCCCCUACGCAAUCGAUGCGCGUGUCACGCGUUCAUCGGUGCAAGCAUGGUGGCUCGACGCCAGGGGGCGGUGCGAACAGACCGCCAUCCGUCGACAAGUACGUAAAACACGUUCUUCUCAGGUUUCCCGAAGCAGAGAGCAAUUUGUGGUUUCACGAGGGAUGCACGCCUAAACGCGUUUGUCGGUCACGCAUAUCGUUCGCCGUCGGCAAGGACGAUACGAUCGAACAAUUUCAAAUGUUUUGGUUUUUUACAUUUUGUAAGAAUUUCUGUACGAUGCUUUCUCGCGAGGUUGUCUAACAGACUUACAGGUUCGGCCGGUAUUCAAUUUAAUUAUCGAUGUAUGUAUAAAUAUAAUCGAGGAGCAAUUUUGUAACGGCGAGGUAAAAUUCAUGCAACGAAGGGUUGAUGGAACAUUAAAGAUUUUUCAGUCGUAUCGUUCUUGUUGCGACCGAGCAAUUGAAUGCAAUCACAUAUGUAGCGACACAUCGAAAUAUAAUUCGCGUACGAAGCUCGGUACUCUGGUGUAGAGUAGUUGUUGUACGUAUGGUCUCUUUCGUCACUUUCGAACGGUGUGUCACGUUUCUAUACGCUUAAAGCCACGCCUCUAAAUAGUCUUGCCAUCGGUACACGCGGACAACGAGAGAAUCGCUAAACUCCACAUGUUGCUGUACCAGGUCCAAUUGAUCGCAACACCUCCACGAAUUAGCGAGUAAAUCUAUCGAAAACGAAAAAGUUGACCUCCGUGUCUCUUUUACACACCUACCUACGAAAAAAACUACCUUCAACAGAUCGUGUCCUCGAAAGCAAGCUUAUUCGUUCGAAGCAUUUUCGUCUAUCACCAAAAGCAAAUGAGUUCUUCAGGUGGCCUGUCAUAAGUGCCUCAGCCUGUACAGAAGACAGGACCCUAACAAAGUUCCUAGCUAAGUCGUAAGUAGUUUGGUCACGUGAGAUUUUGUUAAUGGACCUGCAAGUACGAGGUUUUUUUGUUUCUCGAGUACAGCGAUUGACUCUCGUUACCAGGAGUGUAUCAGGCAUGCGUACUUAGAGCAAUCGGUGCACACGACAAGAACGUACACAUGCAUGACGAUAAAGGUAGCGAAAUAUAAUAUUAUAGAAGUCGCAAUAUCAUAAAAAAAAAAUUGCAUUUAAGAAAAGGGACGCUCCGUUGGAACCGAACGCUUCUUUGUUUCUUCUUCAAUUCGGAAGAUUAAUCAAAGAGUCUCUUGCUGAACGUAUAUUCUGGCUCAAACUAAUCGAGGAGACGCCUAUUCCAACGGAAUUAAUUCCAAGAGUUAUGAGCAACGUAAACACGGUCUAAGAUUGAUUCAUAGUUGUUUUGCGAAACCCCGAUCGAUACUCCAAGUUGAUCUAAAGAAAAUUGAUACAGCUGAAAAUAAUUAGAGGAUCGCAUACUUGAGCGACAUUACCGGCCUAGAAGGUGUUCAAUACUAUUAGCCGCGAAAAAAUCAUGGUAUUCCAUUUCAUUCCUAAUAUUUCAUUUAUUUAAAAAUUGCGAUCCCCUAAUCGUUUCGAGGUGUACGCAAUAACCGGUUGGUUGACAUUUCUUUUGGAUGCCAAUAACACGGGACUAGCGAAAUAGAUACAAUUAACUUAGGAGGUCUGCGUUUUGACAACGCUUCCGCUUUUCGACGAUUAUUUGCUGUCUGCUCGGCAGACGCUCGUGUACAUAAUUCUUCCUAUUUAGUACGGAUUAAUUUUAAACGACGAGAAACCCGUCCUGAGAUACGCACAAAACGAGUAACGAUUCUUUGUUCUCUCUCUCUACCUGUUCCCAAAGUGAUUCAGUUCAAU